CGUCUUUGUUUCUUCAUUUCUUGCUUCGUCUAUUGUCCCCCGGUAUGAUGCCUGCGACGGCGGUGGACACCGAGACCUCCUACGUCGAGGUCAAACCCAUGCAUACUCCGGUAGAGUGUGGCAAAACUCAAUUCGACUCUCUUUUGCCUAGUGCCGACUCUGCUGUGGCGGGAAACGACACGGUGGCCUCACAGAAGAAGAAGAAGAAGAAGAAAACACGAAAGCCCACCAAACCUAAGGACACGCAAAGGCAGCACCCCACUUCUGUGGAUGAUGAACAGGAGCUACGACCUCCUGUGUUGUGCAUUAGCCGUAAUAAACACUGGCGUUAUAUCAGUUCCUAUCAUGGUCCUUGGUUACAACUACCCAUCGAGCUGCUUGAAUCUUUUUUGGUUCUCAACCUGGAUCCAACCACACUCCAGACAUCGGAGACACGCAUACCGUCCAUGUCGUCCCCCACUACACCCACAUUCAAUGGUAGCGGCAACUACAGCUACUCCAAUCCUUCAUCUCGAACCCGCGACCGCGGCUUUGCAAGUCUACGCGAUUACUCACCACCUCCCGAUUCUCUUGCUAGUGCUUUCGCGUCUUUACCCCCGCUACCGCCACUACCCACUCCUGCUGCUGGCAAAGCAACUCCUCCUCCCAUAGACCCAGGUGUCUUCCGUUCUGUCACCACUAUACGGCGUCUCAUCGACGAGGCUGCCGAGCUCUCCGUUCGUGCAACAUCUGGCUUAUCCGCUGCUGCACUAGGAUCUAUGCGAAACGGUCCCAACAUAGGCAGCAGUCCAUGGGCACUCGCUCAAAGUCUCGGUAUCAAUCCCUUGGGAGACUCUGGAAAUGGCAGGAGUGCGCCUAUGUCGGCCACACGAGUGCAUAGGCUGAGGACAUUGGCGGUGCAGAAGUUAGCAACGGCGUAUAGGAUGGACGAGAUCGCGUCGAGCGUGAUGGUCAUGCAAGGCGGGAGUAUAUUUGACGAUAUCGCAGAGCGUGUCCUCAAGAUCGAUCCAAACGACAUGGACGCAAAAUAUGUGCAUUUUUUCCACGAGAAAAUACCCUCGCGCCUUAGCCAGCUAGCGGAGUCGACGCCGACUCACGUGCUGGACGAAAUCAUCGCUGCAAAUCCAAAUCAUCUCGAAGUCCUUCGGACACGCGGUAUUGUCCAUACCUUCCGAGACGAGUAUCCUCUGGCUGUGCGGGAUUUCACCCUUGCACUCAAAGAAGCUCGUGCCGUCCGUAAAGCGCGUAACAUGCAUCGUACCGAGGUCUCCCUGGGCGGUUCCGGCAGAAACGGAAAGAAGAAGAAAUCUGAAGGCAAAAAGAAAACGAACGGACAGGCGCCGCCAAGUGGCACCAGUGCUGCUGCAGAAGGAGGGGAUAAAUCAGAGCCCGAACCGGUGAUCUUACAUCCUUCCGUACUUCCCGACGCACCGGAGCCUAUCGAGCCCCAGCUCCUCUUCCUGCGUGGCGCAGCCUAUCUCCAGCACUCCGUUUUCCUGAUCGAAGAAACCCUCCUUAAGCUCGAGGGUAUCCGUAAAAUGCCCUCCCCUGAUGGGGCGGAGCUCAGGCUGUGUUAUCUUGGAAACGGUAGGUAUGGUGGAACGGAGAUCGGUAAUCCUGAUGGACCGUUGGGCAGCAAAGAUGGCGUAAAGCUACAGGCAUACCGGCGAGCGUUGACAGAUUGUCCCUUGAAGGAGCAGAUCCUGACACUCUUGAAGAAAAGCAUGAGGGACCACGAACGCUUCCUUGGCCACUUUGAUACUUUAGAGUCAUCCGUCCCCCUUGACGAAACGGAAGAUCUCGCAUCGCGUGCGGCCUAUGCGUUCCUUCUUGCUGAAUCGCUCCGUCCGGGCUCAUCAGCCACCCCACCUCCACCGCCCGAGUCACCCACCGCGUUUACGACGUAUCAUCCCCUUCUCGUCGAGGCUCAUUUUUCCAUUCUUAUCUGCCAACUCAUGAUGGGAGACUUUCCUUCUCUACUGCAGUCAUUUGUGAAGACCGCUGCCGUCAUCGACGGUUUGGAAGGUUACCCUGUCUUCCUUCCGCCCAGAUCAAUGUCGCAGGCCGAGUUCGUCGAAAUACUAGAACGUCUUGCGGGAGGGUGGAAGAACGGUGCCGCCAUAAGCUCACUCGGUCGACCGAGACUAACCAAUGGCUCAGCCGCCAACGGGUCUAAAGUCGCUAACGGCAAAUUGGCAAUCAUGCCGCCCCCGUUCUCUCCUGCAGAGCUCUCCCCCUCGUCCUCCGCACCUGCAUCGCCUCAUCCUCAUCUUGGUCCCUCGACGUCCUUUGCCUCUUCGUCCGCGGCCACUACCCCGGCGCUUUCUAUACCUCCCUCACCCCAGAUUCCUUCCGGUCGAGACACUCCCUCGUCUGGUUCCUCCGCCAUAGAUCUUGUUGAAGCUCUCAACUGUGCACGGAUACUAUUGGCACCUGUCGUGGCCAAACAGAACGAGAGGGCGGAAAAGAGCGCAGCGGAGAAGGCGGCUGGAGGAAGAAGGAAAUCGACAUCCCCGAUCAGCAUUCCAUUACAUGGGCCAAGGGUGGAUAUCGUGCUUGCGUGGUUGGCUGCGGUCUGGUUGGUGGAGUUGGACGAGGUUGCGUGAGCUGAGGGCAGCUGGGGAUCGUAGUGGAGAAGAACUAUCGAGGGUUUUUUUUUUGCGUAAUGACAAGGGGUAAUGCGUGUUCUUGUGUGGGCGAUGCCUACUAUAUUUUUCUGGUUGUGGAAUGCAAGUGCUUGUGGAGGGCAGGUGAAUUCAUCUUCGACCAGCGUAGAGGAUCGAUAUUACGUAUUUCUCACCGACCGAGUUCAGGCGUCUGUCGGAGUGUCAAGUAUUUCUUGC